CCAGCCCAGCGCAGGGCCUCGCGCCCCAUGGCCGGCUCGGAGCAGCAGCGGCCGCGGCGGCGGGACGACGCAGACUCGGCCACGGCGGCGCCGGCGCCCCUGCAGGACGCGGAGCUGGCCCUGGCCGGCAUCAACAUGCUGCUCAACAACGGCUUCAGGGAGUCGGACCAGCUUUUCAAACAAUACAGAAAUCACAGCCCGUUAAUGAGUUUUGGAGCCAGCUUUGUCAGUUUUUUGAAUGCCAUGAUGACAUUUGAGGAAGAAAAAAUGCAGUUGGCGUGUGAUGACUUAAAAACUACAGAAAAGCUGUGUGAAAGUGAAGAGGCUGGAGUGAUUGAAACAAUCAAGAAUAAAAUUAAAAAGAAUGUUGACGUCCGAAAAUCCGCCCCCUCCAUGGUUGAUCGGCUUCAGAGGCAAAUCAUCAUAGCUGACUGUCAGGUGUACCUGGCUGUGCUCUCGUUUGUGAAACAAGAACUGUCAGCGUACAUAAAAGGUGGGUGGAUCCUUAGGAAGGCCUGGAAGAUUUACAAUAAAUGCUAUCUGGACAUCAAUGCACUCCAAGAGCUGCACCAGAAGAAGCUGGCUGAAGAGCCCUUGACCUCUGACGCUGCAAAUGAUAACCACAUUGUGACUGAAGGGGUGUCUGAGGAGUCUCUGAACAGACUGAAAGGUGCUGUGAGCUUUGGAUAUGGCCUUUUUCACCUUUGCAUAUCCAUGGUGCCCCCAAACCUGCUCAAAAUCAUCAACCUGCUGGGUUUUCCUGGAGACCGCCUACAGGGGCUUUCUUCACUGAUGUAUGCGAGCGAAAGUAAGGACAUGAAGGCCCCUUUAGCUACAUUAGCUCUGCUCUGGUACCACACCGUGGUGCGCCCUUUCUUUGCCUUGGAUGGCAGUGAUAACAAAGCCGGCCUGGAUGAAGCAAAGGAAAUUCUUCACAAGAAAGAAGCUGCUUACCCAAAUUCUUCCCUCUUUAUGUUUUUCAAGGGACGGAUACAGCGAUUAGAGUGUCAGAUCAACAGUGCCUUGACUUCCUUCCAUACUGCUUUGGAACUGGCCGUGGACCAGAGGGAAAUUCAGCACGUCUGUCUCUAUGAAAUUGGGUGGUGCAGCAUGAUCGAGCUCAACUUCAAGGAUGCGUUCGAUUCCUUCGAGAGGCUGAAAAACGAGUCCCGGUGGUCGCAGUGCUAUUACGCCUACUUGACUGCAGUGUGCCAGGGAGCCAGCGGCGACGUGGACGGCGCACAGGCCGUUUUUAAAGAAGUUCAGAAACUCUUCAAGCGGAAAAACAACCAGAUUGAACAGUUCUCAGUGAAGAAGGCGGAGAGAUUUCGGAAGCAAACCCCAACCCAAGCGCUAUGUGUGUUGGCGUCCAUCGAGGUGCUGUACCUGUGGAAGGCCCUCCCCAACUGUUCCCUCCCCAACCUGCAGAGGAUGAGCCAAGCUUGCCAUGAAGUGGAUGAUUCAUCUGUGGUUGGACUAAAGUAUUUGCUUCUCGGUGCCAUACACAAGUGUCUAGGAAACUCAGAAGAUGCUCUUCAGUUCUUUCAGAGAGCUGUCAAAGAUGAAGUGUGUCGUCAGAAUAACUUGUAUGUUCAGCCAUAUGCUUGCUAUGAACUUGGCUGUCUUCUGCUGGACAGGCCAGAGACUGUAGGAAGAGGCAGAACUCUACUUCUGCAAGCAAAGGAGGAUUUCUCCGGCUAUGACUUUGAGAACAGACUGCACGUCCGCAUCCAUGCCGCCCUGGCCUCCCUGCGGGAACUGGUUCCUCAGUGACAGGCCCGGGAGCCUGCGGUGUCCCUCCCUGCCCGGGGCCCGCACCUGAAAAUAAAAGCAGAGGACAAAGCUCAUGUGAAAAUCGGCUCUUCUUCUGAGAACACCUGUGCCAGGGACACAUUUUCCCAGUUAAGCUGACACGUUAAACAUCUCCUCUUUUAAACAUUUAGCUGAAAAGUGGUGAUGGCGAGGAGGAGGAUAAUAGCCACCCGGGGAGAGGGUUAAGUGACCUUGUUCAAGCAUUUUAGUUUUGUGACUUAUUAUUUUUUGAAAUAAAAUCAAACUAAGCAUCCUGCCUAUGAUCUUGUAGGGGCACCUCCCUGCAGCCCCUCUCGCAAGGGUGACAGCGAGAGGUGCCUGGGAGAUGAGCAGCAUCAUGGCAUUGCAUUUAUAUUGUGUUCUGAAAAAAAUAAAAGCGCUUCCUAGUGUUUUAAUUUACCCUCAGAAUACUCCUGUGACUCACGCAGUGCAGAUAGUCCUAGCCCCCUCCCACAGACAGCAAAACUCAGGCGCAGAAGGCGAAUGGACAUUCCCAGCAACUAGAUAGCAGAUCUGACCGCCAACUGGAGAUUUUUUUAUUAUUAAAAAACCAUGUUACUAACCCAGCAUUCCAUGUUUUCCUUAUUAAAAGAACAAACACUCUCAGCUGACGCGUGUCAUCAGAGAUUCAUCUCUAGAUCCUCUGCAGAAUGUUCCCAAAUGAUAAACACUUUUUUCCCCUUUGAAAGCAAACCAUGCAGGAAAUAAUAGAAGAAAAUGUUACAACCAAAAAUCCAACUGUUUUGCUAGUGAUCGGAGAGCCUCAGCUGCAGACGCAUGUACUUAUGUUUUAGGGGUUGCCUGUUGUUUGUGAAAAUUGUCUAAGGACCAGCUUUUGGAAAUCUUUUAACAGAUGACUUGGAAAGGUCACUCUCAGGUGAACGAAGCUUUUUGCCAUGAAAUGUUUGAUGGUAAAGCGUUGCUGGGCUGUGUAUGUCAGGAUAUCAUUUCUGCCCAGCUGAGGUUAUCAGAGGUUAUAAAAGGAGUUCAACGUUAUUUUUUAAGAACUUCAUUGCUGAUUGUUGUGGUCUUUUAAUUUACCUCCAAGCCCAGUCCUGCACACCUGUGGUUUUGAGGACUCUAAAUACCUCAGUCCCGUUUAAGGAUCUUUGCCAUAAUUUGGCUCAAAUUCAAGGUUGCAUUUUUUUUUUUUAAUUUCUGUUGAGCUAAAGGAUAGGUUUUAGAGUAUCAUUUACAUGCUUUUGGCUAAAGCACAAUCUCAUGUGAUGUUAAUAUUUUAAUAUUCCUUUUCAAAAUAAAACAUGAGAAAAGCAGUUAGAGUGUUGGCAAAUUUAAUCUUGUUUUGAGGAAAUAAUUUUUUGUAAGAUUUAUUUUUAUUUGAAAGGCAGAAGAUGGGGGAGGUGGGUAGAGAUCCAUCUUCCAUCCAGAGUCUUACUCCCAAUAUGGCUGCCACAGCCAGGAUUGGGCCAGCUGAAGCCAGGAGCCCGGAAUUCCAUCCAGGUCUCCCGCAGGGACCCAAGCACUUGGGCUGCCUUCCGCUGCUUUCUCAGGCGCCUUAUCAGGGGGCUGGGGAUGCCAGUGUCACAGGAAGCAGCUUACCCUGCUGUACCACAGCAAGAAGUCACUCCUCAUUGACUCUGGUUAUACUAUCUUCGUGUUCCUCAUCUCUGUUCCUGACCACACUUUUUGUAGGCUGUUUCCAAGGUUCUAUUCACAUUGACUUCCUGAUGUGAAUUCUGUGUGGAUUUUAAAUACUAACAAAGACACAAAACUGCUAUCAUACAUUCCAUGAAUAAUAACAUCUAGAGGGCUAGAAGAGAAAAUUUGGCUAAAAAGAAAAAUUGGUUUCCAAAACAACUGAUUCCUGGUUUCAUUAGACUGAAGGGAAGACCACUGUGAGUAUUUAAAAUAGAGCAGUUGCCAUAUAGUUUUCUUCUUAAUCUACAGAAUCUGUGGCCAACUUUUCUGUAUUCUGCAUUUUGAAUCAUGAAGUUCUGGCUUCAGAGUCCAUUCUUACUUGAAUUUCCAGCCCCAGUAUUGUUGGAAUCGUUACUCCAUAUCCAAGGAAUACAUUGUCUUCUGCAUUUUGAAUUUUACAGAUUUAUUUCUGCGGUAACUGCUUUUUAAAAAUUGCUUUUAUUUCCCCAUGGAAAUUUCAGGGUCUCAGAUAAUUUUGUGUUCAGCUAGUGUCACUGGAUAGACACAUUUGCUAACCCCUGCAGUAGGUUUCUUUUACCAAACACGGUUCUGUUUCACCACAGUCUCUCCCAAGGCUUAGUUCAGAUUGCCCCCAGGGUGCACCCUGUGUUAACUUGUUGUAGAGCAGGGGCAGUGGGUACACAGAGAUUUUAAAGACCCCGAAAUAACAGCCCCACAGUGUGAAUCCAUUGUACCAGGAGCUGCCUGAAAUCUAGGUCCAUUUUGAGCUGGUAAUUCCUAAGCCAGCAGGCCAGCCUUACUGCCGUGACUAAUCCCACCGGUGAACGCACUGCGAGCUGCUGCUACCUUGGUUGGUGUAAACUGCUCCUGACCCCUGGCUGGUGGAGAGAACCGCGUGGAAGUGGGGGGACUGUUGGCAUCUAUGUGUGCUGCCUUUUGGUGUUGUCAUCCCUCCCUCCCUCCCUUUUCCUGUUCCAUAGGUUCUCAGGUGGAUCUUCUGAUUCAUGUGUCAAAUCUAUUUUUGUAUUAGACUGUGCCUAUGCUGAGAGGACUGGCUAAUGUAUAUUUGAUGUAUACCGAACACAUUUUUAUAAUUGGACACCUGUGGAGGCAUGGGCUAGUAAUAAUGUGAUAUGUAUCUUGCUGAUUAAUAUAAAGAUUUGAUCUUUGUUGGGUUAGCUACCUUUUUAUUUUAGCCCAUAGUAACUAAGUCUACUAAGGAGUAAAAAAGUAUAGUGUUCAGUUAUCACAAAAAAUUCAUGUUUAUUGUCACAUACUAUGUAAGUCAAUUACUUAAUGUAUUUACACUUUAUAUUUCUGCCUACCAGGACAAUACAUGUCUGCUUUUUAACACACACUCUCCUUUGCUGUGUAAACUUUUCUAGUUGAUUUCCUAAGCUGAUCGUAUUCAGAUAUAGCAUUUUACCCAUGAAGAUAGACAUUCACACAGCCAUGGUGUAGUAUUUUGGUUUUUCUGGGCAUUGCAUUUUGUAAAAAUUGUCAACCCAGAUCAUCCCAAUAUUUAUUGUAGAGGCAAAAAUGAUCCCAGCAGCUAGGAAGAGGAAACGCAGAUAAAGAGGGAGCAAGAGAAUGGGCGGUUGGGCCUAAACACCUGUGGUCCUUCUUCAGUAAAGUGGGUAUACAUCCUUAAGAGUGCAGUGUAGCUGGCCUCCUCAUGGAACCCAGCACGGGGAGCUGAGCCCUCUCUUCUUGCUGACAUGAGCCCAAGAGAGAAGCAAUGUCCUUGUAACCCAGGUGACCUCUGCUUAACCCUUCAUGGCUCCUCCCGCAGGCCUGUGGUUCUGAAUUUUCUUGUCUUACAGUUUAGCCCUAUUCUGAUUCAGUAGGUUCUGGAGAAAGCUCGGGGAGGCGUUUUUAACAAGCUUCUGGGAGGUUUCUAAUGCAGGUGAUCUAAAUUAGAGAAACAUUGCCCUAGGUUAUCUUUUGUCAAGUGUUUUGUAAUCUGGGAGACGAACCGAACAAUGACAUAGCAAAGCUCAGUCAUAACAGUGUAUAUAUCAAGGGCAACUCUAACCCACUGACUGUCUAAGGUAGAUUUGUGGGGUGCAGGAUCUACCAGUUAAGAGUCCCUU